AGGCCUUGCGAGUGAGUGAUAUGGAGAAGAUCUUGCGGAAUUUGGGUACCUUGAGGCAGCCUUGGAAUUGCCCGCAUGGGCGUCCAACGAUGCGGCACUUGGCAGACAGCACUUCUGCACGAAAGGCACCAAAGCGAGCCCCGCUAUCUGUGCUGAAAGUGGAUAGAUGAGGCAAAGCAUGGGCCGUUGAGAGGUUCAAGACGGAUGGGAUCUGGAUGGGAUGCACUUUCGGUUCCUUUGGCCUAGUAGCAAGGGCAUCGCUACUAGGGGCUCCUGGCCUUACUACUAGGAGCAAUGUUCGCUACUUGGAUCCCUUCACCCCACACAUACAACAUCUCUAGAUAGUCUGCGACUGCAAAGGCCAGACGCAGUUUUUCCCAAACAUGCCUUACUGUUGGUGUUGCAAGCCUGAUGUGAUGCUGCUGCAUGACCACGCUGCGAGUCCACUGCUGGCUGAAGUUGAACGCGCUUUGGCUGUUCGGAGGAGUAGGCAAGUUUGAGGGUGAUCAACAUGGAAAGCCUCUCACACUUAAGCUUGGAAGCAUUGAACUUGAUAGUACCUGUUCGUCGAAUGUGCACUUUUCUCGUUGUGCUCUAGCCUUAGAUGUUGCUACAUCGCCAGGCGUUUGGACACACACACACACAGCCAUUAUCCUCACCUCUUGAUCAGCGUCAUAAAAGGUCUUGUGCAUUCUUGCCAAUCUUCCUGGGAGCUGGAAAACCACUCGCAUAUCACAAGGACGUUUGUUUUGGUGCAAAAGACAAGGACGCUAAUCAGUGUAUUGGAGAAAAAGGAGGCACCGUGCACUCUUUCAUGGCUUCGAAGAAGCGGCCGGCUGCGCAAGCUGCAACGCCCCAAAAGCGUCCUGCAACCGCUUCCGCCUUACCAUUGCCGGCCAAAGAGGCGGCCCUCUUGGUCUUCCGUUGCAACCGGAAUUUCGUGUUCAAAGAUCCGCCCGCGGUACGAAAAUCGCGACUGCAAGCGCGUGUGGAGUGCGGAAAUACUACCGUCAAGCACUCUGCCCCGGUGAAGCCGGGUCUCCGCGCGCUCUACAAGUCUGAGUUCUCAGAUGGAUUUCUGCAGUGGGUCCUUAGCAAAGAGAAGGAGGGCUGUGUGUUUUGGUUUAAGCCCGGACGAGACCUAGAAAAGUUGUCAGCCUUCUUUGAAGAAAAGAUUGAUCCCAUGGAUGAGUUGCCGUACAGGCCUUUGCUGUUGGAUGCCAUGUGGUGGCGUGUCCGCUUCGACCGGACGAGUGCAAGAUAUGUGGGAAACCCACGGGGCAUCCUCGCAGCCAUUGCCGCCUUCCAUAUGUGCAGUGAAAAGGAUAGAGACAUUGACCUGGCAUCUUUGCAGGAGUUGAUAUUUCAGAGCAAUCCGACCCUGGAGCCCGUGGUGAAAUGGCCACAUGCACCGUCCAUGCGUUUUCUCCCGGCCACUGUGGAUUCCGACUUUGAGUACAAAGGCUACAUCGAGGGCAAUCCCAGGCGCCCAGGUUUGAAAGGCGAGUCCGUCUUGGAGCGCAUCCAGCGGUGGCCGGAGAAGCCGAAAGACCGAUUGGACAAUUUGCACCACCACUGGCAGGUGCAGGAUCUUUCCCGGAAGUUCUUUAGCAUUGCCGGCAGUACAGCGGUCAGCCGCUCCGGCGCUCUUUCUGCUCGAUGAAGCUUUCGGACUGCUUAGCGGCAAGUGAGUCUCUGCCGCAUGCAAUGAUUCUCUGGAAAUGCCACGCUGGCACUGCUGCGUAAAAUGGCAGCAUUGACCGGAGUCCAAGUUGGAUUUGUCUCUGACUUCAGGAACCUAUUUCAUUGAUAUUUCAUUGUAUUUCAACUAGCCGCUGUGAAGUCCCUAAUUCAGAGAGAGAUCCAAAUGUGUAGGCAGGAUCUGCAAUUUGCGCCUCAAGAAGAGGCGUCCAAAGUCAAGAGCAC